AUGAUGCUGUGGAGCCUCACGGUACUCAGCGCCGUUCGGCUUACCAGUCAAACAGAAAAGGUCAUUUCAGUGGUCCAGCCUCCACGGCUCAUAGUGGAGAACAAAAAUGCGACAAUCUUCUGCAACUUCACCUGUAACAGCCCGCAGACGAAGGCGUUCAAAGUUUCAAUGUUUAAAGGGACAGCCAGCGACGUGGAAGUGUGCUCUGCUAACUGGAAUACAAGCUCUCGAAUUGACGUCGUCAAAAGGAGCGAAAUCAGCUGCCACAUGGAGCUCAACGCAACAGUCGUGAUGUUCAGCCUGUACAACCUGAGCGUCACUCAUACAGAUAUUUACAUCUGCAAAAUCGAAGCUGUGUACCCUCCGCCGUAUCACCACGGCAAGGGCAACGGUACUGUCAUUCAUGUGAAAGAAGAACUUCCGAGGCAACGAGAAGAACCAGAACAUUCCAGUGUUAUGGCAUCAGCUCUUGCCAUUAUUGCUUGUUAUAGUGUAGCAGUAACAGGAGCUUUAGUCUACUGCCGGGUCAGAAACAAGAAGAAGAGGCUUCCUCGAAAGGACUACCACAACAUGAUUUCCUGGCAAGUGAACAGUCCAACAAAGAGGAACAGUCAGCCCAGCGUCCCAGCAAGGACUUACACCACUUACCGCUUUUGGGAGCCAUGAUGAUUUAGGGACCGGUCUGGUAGC